CCGACGCCCCGACCUCGGCCCCCGGUUCUCGCCCUGGCCUCUGUCACCUCUUCUUGGCCGUCGUUCCUUCUCGUUUUCGUCCUUGGGUCCUUCGUCUUGGUUCUUUUGUUGGUUUCUGGUGUGUGCGCUUCAGCAUCGCUUUGCGCUGGAGUUCCUCCUGCGCCCCACCUUGCCCUCGGAGGCCUCCUGCCUCUCUUGGUCCCCCGCCUCGUCGCUUUCCGGCUGAUGGCCCCGUCCUCUCGUCCUUUUGCAUCCUCAUCCCAUUUCUUGUAUCUGAUCUUGUUUUGUUUUUCUCUAAAACCGUUCUUUCUAUAUGCAUAGAUCGAGCCACUUGACUUCAGUCCGUUUGACAUUUUAUUAAAUCCCUGAAGAGUUCCAGUCUCUUCUGCUUUCUGCCUAAGCUAGGUAUCCACCCAGUAUUCUUAGUUUAGCUUCCAGUUUAAUAAACCUCAUCUUCUUUCUUCCCUGAUUGGAAAUAUCAUCAAAAGAGUGACAGUGGUAAUAAACCUGGUACCCUUACUGAUUGAAGCUUUAAUUUUUAAGAAUUGUGUUUACGUGACACGCCGGGAGAAGCAACUUGAGUACAGACUUGAUGAAAGUAUUAAGGGUUAAGAUUUAUUAAAGGCUGACCUACGAACAUAAGGUUAAAACUUGGAAAUUUUGUUGUCCUCCGGAAAAUAUGGGUGUCCAAGAACUAACCUUAAAUGAAAUUUAACAAAUUUUAUUUUACAAAAUUCAUUAUUAACUUGAUGUUUUGUAUAUUUACAAUUGCAGUUGAUUGCAUCAUUUUCUUGAGGGUCUCUGUUCUCGUUAAUAAGUGCAUACAGUUUCUACUAACUUAGUAGAAUUAUCGUGCUUAAUGAACGACAGAUAUGUGAAACAGAAGUAUUAAAUUUUUGAAUUGGACAGAAGAACUUUCUAAACAGUUUUGGAAGUUUUUCCUCCCAUUUUGUUGUGGUCAAGAUUUGGCUUACAUAAAACAUCUCUGUAUGAAUAAUGGUAUAGUAUCUUAUUUUGAAGGCAUCUGCUGAAACUAUUACUUUCAGUGAAGUUUGCCUUUAUUCUAGGGUUGAAGAUCGCCUGGAUUAUGUGUUUCAUUCUGGAAUCUCAAAGCAGUCCACAAACAGUAAAUUCUUCUUUACAUUGUCUGUGUCAGGGGGAAUAAUAUAUUUUAAACAAGAAUCAGUAAUUGGAAGUACAAGAUUGGUUGUUUAAUAAUGUUAAAAUGAAGUUUUGAUCAGCAGAGGUGCUGUUACCAGAUUUGUCUUCUGAGUAUAAAUUAAAAAUGACUGAAGUUCAAGCAAUGGUAGAAUUCUCCGUGGAGCUAAACAAGUUCUACAAUGUGGAUUUAUUUCAGAGAGGUUUUUACCAGAUUCGUGCAUCUAUGAAGAUUCCACCGAGAGUUCCCCACAGAGUAGAAGCUCGUUUGUUACAUGCAGCAGGUAUGACUUUAGCCUUUCCAGCUUCAGUUCAUGAUUCUCUGAUUUGCAGUAAAACAUUUCAAAUUCUUUAUAAAAAUGAGGAGGUUGUUUUAAAUGAUGUCAUGAUCUUCAAAGUUAAAAUGUUGUUGGAUGAAAAAAAGAUUGAAGAAACCCUUGAGGAAAUGAAUUUUCUGUUAUCCUUGGAUCUGCACUUCACAGAUGGAGAUUAUUCGGCGGACGACCUGGGCUCCUUGCAGCUGAUCAGCAGCCGGACGCUGAAGCUGCACCUGAGCCUCCACAGGGGCCUCCACCACCACGCCAACGUCAUGUUCGACUACUUCCACCUCUCGGUCGUGUCCGUCACGGUCCACGCGUCGCUGGUGGCACUACACCAGCCACUCAUCAGCUUUCCUCGCCCUGUGAAGACUACCUGGUUAAAUAGAAAUACACCAGCACAAAACAAAGAUUCUGUGAUUCCUACUCUUGAAAGUGUGGUCUUUGGUAUUAACUACACAAAACAGUUAUCGCCAGACGGUUGCAGCUUCGUCGUUGCCGACUCCUUCCUGCAUCACGCCUAUCGUUUUCAUUAUACACUUUGUGCCACUUUGCUCCUGGCCUUCAAGGGAUUGCACAGCUACUUCAUUACGGUAACAGAAGAGAUUCCCUCUUGUCAGAAACUAGAACUGGCCAAGGCCAACACGCAGGUCCUUUAUGAGCGCCUUCUCAGAAGAAAACAGCCACGAGCCCAGAAAGACACCUGUCUAGAGGAAAUGGAUGUAGAAGCUCGACUUACCGAACUAUGUGAAGAGGUUAAGAAAAUAGAAAAUCCUGAUGAACUGGCAGAACUUAUAAAUAUGAAUCUUGCACAACUUUGCUCACUUCUAAUGGCUUUAUGGGGGCAGUUUCUGGAAGUUAUAACACUGCAUGAAGAACUAAGACUAUUAUUAGCACAAGAGCACCAUACUUUGAGGGUACGCAGAUUCUCUGAGGCCUUCUUUUGUUUUGAACAUCCCAGGGAAGCUGCCAUUGCAUACCAGGAACUUCAUGCUCAGAGUCAUCUACAGAUGUGCACCGCUAUCAAAAAUACUUCCUUCUGCAGUUCUCUUCCACCCCUACCCAUUGAAUGUAGUGAAUUAGAUGGAGAUCUCAAUUCAUUACCUAUAAUCUUUGAAGAUAGGUAUUUAGAUUCAGUUAUUGAAGACUUAGAUGCACCCUGGAUGGGAGUUCAGAAUCUUCAGAGAUCAGAGUCCAGUAGAAUGGAUAAAUGUGAGACUGAAGAAAGCUCUCUAGCUGGACUUGCUAGCCCAGAGUUCACAGUCAGACCUGCUGGUGCCUCCAGUUUUUGGUAUACAGAAGGUGAAGAACAGCUAACAAAAUGUCUGAAAGGAAAGAAUGAAGAAUCAAAUAAAUCCAAGGUUAAGGUUACUAAGCUCAUGAAAACAAUGAAACCUGAAAACACAAAAAAAUUAAUAAAACAGAACUCUAAGGAUUCUGUGGUUUUGGUAGGCUACAAAUGCUUGAAAAGUACAGCAUCAAAUGAUCUCUUUAAAUGCUCAGAAGGCAAUCCUUCACAUAGUCAGAAGGAAGGUCUGGAUCCCACGAUAUGUGGAUAUAAUUUUGACCUAAAGACCUACAACAGACAGACAAGUCAAAAGGAAGCUAGCUUUUUGCCAACUAAUACAGAGAGAACUGAACAAAAGUCUCCAGAUAUUGAAAAUAUGCAGCCAGACCUGUUUGAUCCUUUGAACUCUGGCGGCCUAAAUCUUUGUGCAAAUUUGUCCAUUUCAGGUAAACUUGAUACCUCCCAGGACGAUAAUGAAAUUACACAAGUGGAGCACAAUGUGGCAGCUAGAAGUUCCUCAGAGGAUUUCCAUGAUCAGCAAACGCCAUCGGCAGGAGUUAGAACCAUUGAAGUAAAGCCCUGUGACAAAGACCCUUUCAGUGGCGAGAAAGUAACUGUUAAAAUAGGACCUUGGACAGAGCCUCGACUAGAUGAAAUGCUGGUGGACAAUUUACAGCUACCCAACUUUGAGUCCUUAGAAUCUAAUGGUAAAUCUAAAUCUAUAGACAUAACACUUGAGAAGGAAGCUUUGCAGGAAGCAAAGUGUCGUUUUGUCGGAGAGCCGUUAGCUAAGUUAAGAAGUAAUCAACCUGCUGCCUCUGCGAAAGAAUAUCAUGUGGUAGUGAGUGCAGAUGCAAUUAAGUUACCAGAUGGUAAUGCCACAUACGCCUCAUCUAGAUUUUCAGAUUCAGGGGUUGAGAGUGAACCAAGUUCUUUUGCAACACAUCCAAACCCUGACGUAGUGUUUGAAGUUGUGCAGGGGCAAGGCCCUUCCCCCACUGAGAGGGUGUUUCCUCCGCUUUUGAUGAGGGCUGACGCCAGCGUGAAGCUUUCACUAGGCAGUCACUGCACCGAGAGCACCAGCGCUCUAAGUGAGGUGCAGUCGUCUCUGACGUCCAUCAACUCACUGCCGUCUGACGAUGAGCUGUCGCCUGAGGAAAGCUCUAGGAAACCUGUUGCACCUGAAUGCCACCUAAGUGAUAGCAAAACUGUGUUAAAUCUAGGGACAGUUGAUUUGCCAAAAUGUGACAAUAGUAAAAAGUCAAGCAUUAUUUUGCAACAGCAGAGUGUCGUAUUUUCAGGGCAUUUGGACAAUGAAGCUGUAGCAAUACAUCCCUUAAAUUCAAGCACUAAAGACCCUUUACAAUUUAUUUUUUCAGAUGAAAAUACUUCCAGUGAUGUGAAAAGUAGGUGCAGCUCCAAACCUAACUUGGACACUGUGUGCAAAGACUCUCGGAGUCCUGAUAGACCUGGCAACCCUGCAGGGGCAGCAAGUGCAUUGGCUUCAAAUCUGGUCUGCUUAGGCACCCCUUGUGUCGUUUCAGGCUCCAUUUCUACUAAUACAGAAGUUGGUGAAGAUAGAACUGUGAAAAGGAAAAAUAGUGAUGCAUUAAAUCUCAAACAAAUAAACUCGGAAGUCCCUACAGUUAAAAAUGAAGCUCCUCUGGGUACAAGUGACCCUUUUUCAGCCAGUCCUGAUAUGGUAAAAGAAGGGCUUGUAGAAAAUUAUUUUGGCUCUCAGAGCAGUACGGAUAUUUCUGACACAUGUGCUGUUAGCUACAGCCAUUCAGUUAGCCCUCAGAAGGAAACUUCUAAGAGAGAAAUGAGUACGCUUCAGCAGGAACAGGGUAAAGAGGAUGAGGAGGAAGAGCAGGAUCAACAAAUGGUCCAGAACGGGUAUUAUGAGGAAACCGAAGCCUCGGCUUUGGGGGGGACAGUAAGUGCUCGCUAUACAAACAGAGGUGCACCAGAAGAAGACAGACUUGUCACCUCUGAAAAAAUAAACAGUGGCUAUCUGAGGGAUGCUAUAAAUGUGCCUACUGUCUGUACUUCUGGUUGUUUGUCUUUCCCGUCCGCACCACGAGAGUCUCCUUGUAGUGUUAAGCAUUCAUCUAAAAGUAAGUGUGAUGCCAUUACAAAGCAGCCUAGCAGCACUGGUUACAGCCUCACGUCAUCGGUGUCCUGGUAUGAAAAUUCACCAAAACCUCAAAUACAAGCCUUUCUCCAGGCAAAGGAAGAACUGAAACAACUUAAACUGCCUGGAUUCAUGUACAGUGAUGUUCCCCUGCUGGCAUCCUCGGUCCCUUACUUCAGCAUGGACGAAGAGGACGGCUCUGAAGAGGGAGUGCAUCUCAUUGUGUGUGUGCAUGGUCUAGAUGGAAACAGUGCAGAUCUCCGAUUAGUAAAAACUUACAUUGAACUUGGACUACCUGGGGGAAGAAUUGAUUUUCUUAUGUCUGAGAGAAAUCAGAAUGAUACUUUUGCUGAUUUUGAUAGCAUGACUGAUCGCCUUCUGGAUGAGAUAAUACAAUAUAUUCAGAUAUAUAGUCUAACAAUCUCAAAAAUAAGCUUUAUUGGACAUUCUCUGGGCAAUUUAAUAAUCCGUUCUGUGCUCACGAGGCCAAGGUUUCAGUAUUACCUUGACAGGCUCCACACCUUCCUCUCCCUCUCUGGGCCUCACCUUGGGACGCUCUACAACAGCAGCGCCCUUGUGAAUACAGGUCUGUGGUUUAUGCAGAAAUGGAAAAAAUCAGGUUCUCUUUUGCAAUUGACAUGUCGAGAUCAUUCAGACCCUCGCCAAACUUUCUUAUACAAGCUUAGUAAUAAAGCAGGGCUUCACUAUUUCAAAAAUGUUGUGCUGGUGGGGUCUCUACAGGAUCGCUAUGUUCCUUACCACUCUGCCCGCAUUGAAAUGUGUAAAACAGCUUUAAAGGACAAGCAGGCAGGACAGAUCUAUUCAGAAAUGAUCCACAACUUGCUUCGCCCAGUUCUGCAAAGCAAGGACUGUAAUUUGGUUCGCUAUAACGUCAUCAACGCAUUGCCCAACACAGCUGAUUCACUCAUUGGGAGAGCUGCACACAUAGCUGUUCUUGAUUCGGAAAUAUUUUUAGAGAAAUUCUUUCUGGUUGCUGCCCUUAAAUAUUUCCAAUAGGAUAAAAACGUUAUUAGAGACUUGACAAUUACCUCAUUCAACAGUGAUUCAAAUAAUGUAUUAAACUGUAGAUGCUGAUAAGUUCUAAGAAAUAUUUAUAUCUUUUUAUAUGGAAGAUAAUUUAUAUCAUCCAUGUUUAGAGCUUUUUAAACAUCAACUUUACUUUUUAGGUAAUGUGGCUGUGCAAUAUUUUUUUAAUUUUAUCUUUUUACUUUUCUAUUACUUUUUCAUAUAUUUUGCUACAUAAGUGAAAUUUCAGUGAAACUUCAAGCCCAUAUGUAUGUCUGAUUGUUUAUUAUUGGCUUUCCACAAUCCUCACAUCAGACACAUCAUAUUAGAGGCCAUUAUUGCUAGAAUAGCAUGGGAUUUUAAAUUUUCUAGUAUUGGGGUAUUAUUUAGUUAAUUAUAAAUUUUACUUUUAACAUUUUACUAUGUUUUAACUGGAAAUAAAAUUAUGGCUGCUAAAAUAUAUUUUUUGAAAUCAACUAUUUAGCCCUAUCAAACCAGGUAGUUCAUAUAUGACAAUGUUAUAAAAGUUUUCUAUAAAAAGUCAUUAUUACUGUUGCUAUUAAACAUGUGUCAUGCCUAUGAAAAUAUAUUUUCUACUGGUGAUUUCAACAUUAUUUCUCAUAUUGACUUUUAUUACUGGAACUUUUCAUGUUCAUGUUAGCAGCAUCUAGAGAUUCUGAACGUUUGAAUGCCCUCUGGUUUGAAUUAGUUGGAAUGUUGCCAGAUUUGGUAAAGUUGCUUGAACUUUCUGACUACAUUUCUUUAACUUUUUUCACAGACUUCCUUGUAUGUACAUAAUAAUUAAAUGUUGAAGUUUAUGAAAUACUUUUAUGAAUUUAGAUAAUUUUUAAAUAUUGUUAAAAUUUGUUGAACUAAGAGUAAUGUAAAUAAAAUAAUUUGUGUUAAAAAUGGAACAAAAUAAUUAACUGUACAUGUUUGGUGAUACAGAUGCAAAUGUUUUUGAUAUAUGGAGAUGUUAAGUCUUUUGACUUUACUAAAGGUGCUGAAUAGCAUUAAGUUCACCAUUUCCUUUCCUGGUUUACUUGUGAAAAUAAUAAUGCACUAAGGGUGGAUAGAAGGUCUGUUUGCAUUCACCAGUUGUGAUGGACAGAAGGUUUUUGUAAGUAUAUAUUGUAUAAUUGAUGCAUGUUUAUUUUUAGCAUUGUGUUAUUGCCUCUGGUGUUAAUAAAUGAACAAGUGACUGUGUACAGAACA